ACAUGAUAAACUACUACGAACUAGUUGGAUAUCAUUAAAUUCUGAUUUCUCUUUUAAUAAUGAGCAAUUUGCCUUCAAACACGCCAAAGCGGCAAAAAAUGUUAGAACGCCUGGAACAACGAAUGGAGGGCUUUCGAAAACAUCACGAUAACUGCGAAGCGAGACAGGCAAAAGCCUUUCCAGCCAGAAAACGCGAGCAUUUACGCGACAGUGUUCUGUGCAGAAAGAAAUUAGAGUUAGCAAAGAAACUCAAGAUGAAAGGCGCGACUCUUCCAGAAAAGAUGGAUAAAAUGUCCUUGAAACCACAGGAAAAUGAAUGCAAAUCGACGGCAAGUACAGUGGGAAAUAUUCAGAGCUCACAGUCAAUUCAGGCAAAGAAAGGCAUGUUAACGCAACUGAGUGACGAAGCAGGGUGGAAAAACAAUGAAAAUUUAUUGGCCACAGUAGAAAGAAAUUAUAGUUGUUUUGAAAUCCCUGGGGAUGUUUACCAUAACGUGACGUUACUCGAUGACUCGAUGCAGCAUCUUGCAAUCGCCAGCGACAUUACUUCGCAUGCAAAAAUUAAUGAAUGUACAGCUGAUUUCACGAGAAAAGAUUUCACAGAUCUGCCAACCAUCGAUGUCGGACAAACAACAUCGAGAGUAUUGCAACAGUUCAAUCCCCUUAUAUGGAUACAUCGACUUCCACAAGUCGUGAAACCAGCUUAAGCGCAACUAACGAAAGGAUGAGUACUGUUUUAUCAACUGCUAACAUUGACAAACCUUUUUUUAGUCGAUCGAAAUCUGACGGAAACGUUUGUUCCAUGACAGAUGUAUGUAAUAACAGCACUCAAAUUACUCCUGGUCGCCAUGAUGAAGAUCUCAGAAACGAACUAAGCUAUUUUGAAAGCAUUUUACAAAAUAUGGGAAAGAGAGACGAGAGCCGUACUGUUUUAUCAACUGCUAACAUUGACAAACCGUUUUUUAGUCGAUCGAAAUCUGACGGAAACUUUUGUUCCAUGACAGAUGUAUGUAAUAACAGCACUCAAAUUACUCCUGGUUGCCAUGAUGACGAUCUCAGAAAGGAACUAAGCUAUUUUGAAAGCAUUUUACAAAAUAUGGGAAAGAGGACGAGAGCUCAAACGAGGUUGGUUUGACUUACAAUGAUAGGAAUGCCAGCGAUCAAGGUUCAAAUCUCGGAAGCACCUUGAGUGAAAUUCCUGGAAAGAAAAGGAAUCAACUGAAUUGAACAACGAACGCUAAAUUAUAAGUGAAGACCAACGAUCCUGAACAGAACAAAAAAAUCAAAACAAUCAAGCAGAAAUUAUUCCUCUCAUUUCUUCUUCACGAGAGCCACAUUAUGUUUUACUAUAGUUAAGGCAAAACGUGUCUUAAAAUUCUAAAGAAGGCUCUUGUAUAUUUUUAUUUGGGAUAAAACUUCUCAAACGAAUUUCAACCACAACUCCAUCGACAAACUGCUAUAUAACUGCAAAUUUUUUCUUCAGGAAUCAAACUAAUCUGAUGAAAAACGUCACAUGCAACUGAGACGAUCCCACCAUAACUUGAGGAUGCAUUAGCCACCGCAAUUAGCGCUAUUUUCUGAUCUAUCUCACCAGAAAUAUCUUUCUCAAAGGAUUGUCAAAUCUUUUAGUUUCUUAAUGUAAGGGACAACAUUUAAUAUCAUCCGCCAUGCAUUGAUCUAAAAACAAAUGUUUUCUGUCCUGGUGGCCUGCAUUUUACAACACAAGUCAUGUGAGAUUGCGGCAGAGUAAUGGAGUCCUGAUCUUUUCCAACAUUUUAAGUUUUUAUCCCUCCUGACGAUAAAAAUCAUUCAGUUUUGCAAAAUGGGAAUGCAGCGUACUCCCAACCAGA